AAAAUAUGUGCUUACCUUACGGAUGUUUGAAAUGCUUCGUAUAAUUGGAGGGCUGGUUAACUUUCGUGAUUGGAAUUUUAGCAAUUGUGGGUGCUAUAAUAGUGACAGUAAUAUCAAAGAGCAUUGAUGAUGUGAUUAAGGAUCUUGGGAUAGUAUGAUUAAUUAACAUAAAUUAGUCGGAUAUAAGUACUAGCUCUAUAAUUGUGCCUUUUUGGGUAUUUGCAGGAGUUGUGAUUUUUUUUGCAAUAAGUGGUUUAUGUGGAGCAAAACGCAGGAGUAAAUGCUUAUUGGCAAUCUUUAACUUGGGAAACAUAUGUUUGUUUUUAGCUUUCCUUAGUCUUUCCAUAGUAUCCUAUGUGUUUGGAUUAAUUUUGACUGAUUAAGAUUGUGACAAAAGCAAAGGUGUAUUACAAAUUGAGGAUUUAUAUAAAUAUUCAGAAUAAACUCUGUGUAAAUCAUCAUGCGAAUGCUAUUAUUCAGAAUAAAUUAAUAAAGAAGUGGAAUCAGCAGUAAAAACCUACUCUCCCACUGAUAAAACAAAGGUAUAUAUGAUAAAAUAAUCUCACUAUAGCCAACAAGAGUAUAAGAUUGUCCAGGAUUUGAUUCUAAAUAUAAAACAGAAGCAGCAGGUCUAGCAUAUUUUGAAGAAAAAUGGCAAUGUUCUGGGUGGUGUACAGCAUACCCUAUUCAAUAAUUCAAUAAUGUCAAUACAAAAGUCAAAAACUACAAGUAUGAUUUUUAAUUCUAGUAUUUUACAGCUAUUCUUGUUAUUAAGGAUUGACUGACUACUUUAAAAAUAUGUUCACCACAACAGGCUCUAUACUAAUAUCAUUAGCAGCACUUUUUGGAAUAAUGGUCAUCUUUACUUGUUGUCUAUGCUGUCAUCCACAUAAUAGCAACAAAGGAUCGGAUUAUUAUACAAGAUUAGCAUACACAGCAGACUGAUGAAUUUAUUCAUUUUAUGGAUAUUAUUAUAUAAACUCAUAA